CGGCGGGCGUGCACGUAGUACAUGUUCUUCGUUUGCGGCUUCGCCUUGGGGAGCAAGAGGCACGGGACCUUGGGCACGCGCUGCAGGACCGACUGGAGGAGGCUUCAAGGGCUCAAAAUCCUCGGUUGGAGGAGUCCGACUAACUUGUGGCGACGCGCUGUUUGAACAGCAAAGUGACACCACAGGAAGAACCUUCGGGAGCCACCGCUUUUUACCUGUCCAGCAUCUUCCUCAUCUUCAAGCGAAAGAUGCAUAUUCUACUAGCGGCGCUGGCAAAGGACAAGG